AUGAGCUCCAAUCAAGAUAUUAUCAACUUAGGUGCACAAGUAUCACCCGUCUCGCUGCCCAACUCAAAGAAACCUCCAUUCCCGCAAUUGCCUGCAUUUCCCGAGAAAGAUUUGUAUGACCUGGAUCUUUCUUUGGUUCAACGUCCUAUAUCCGGCCUCUCCCCUACUGAGAACAAAGUGCUUUCAAUGCGAGCAAAUUAUCCCAGUCGCAAAACUCUUACGUCCCAUGUCGCCUCUGAAAAUAUUCGGGACCGUGGACAAAGGGUCAAAGAAGAGGAUCGGGCCAUUACCCCCGUUGGAGACCGAGGGUCAGCUGUCGUCGACUUUAUCAAGGCUUUGUCUACGAACGGCGAGAAUCAACAUUCAGGACGAUAUUUUGGCCAGUAUUCUUCCGAUCUUCGCAACAAGCAAGACAGCCUGUUUAGGUUGUUCUAUCUGUUCAGACCAGAUCCUCGCAAAGACGACAUACGUCAAUUGAUAGGGCGGCUCACUGGAGACGAGACAGAUAUGCUCACCCUCUCCGAUCCACAGACUGGUCUGAUCAAACUAGCGCCAUUCACAGUGCCUAUGGAGAUCAUUGAGCAGGGAUGCAAAUACAUAUUAACGGGUGAUCAAACGGGUUUAGGUAUUGUAGCAAAAGUCUUGCUUGGAACAAGCAAUGUCAACAACGCCGCUCACCCAGUGGGUAGUCCGUCGUCACAAACCCCCUACAUUCCGGAUCCUUUGCGGACCAUACCAUCCAAUGAUCUUGGACUACCUCUGCACAAUCUCUCCAUUAGUGCGAAUGCCCGAAGGCCUAACGACACAAUACCCUCGAAUGACAAUAUCGGCUCACAAAGAAUCCCCGGUCAUCAGUAUAGUCCAGACCCUUCACUUGGUCUCCAACAGUCCCCAAGGCCUACAGUCGUGCCUGUGGACGAUCCUUUUCAUUCUCUGCGGCAUGCUUCACUCCAGCCAGACAUUGGUUCUCAUAUGUCUGUUCGAAGCGCUUUACGUGGAACACCGUCUGUUCCAGAAACUAUCACUGGCCCGUCUUCUAGAGCGCAUGCGCAAGCGGAAACGACUUCGCCUAGAAGUCAGCCCUUAGGAUUCAUGACUUCGCCGGUGGCUGAAGUCGUGUCAAACGAUUUGGUGUACCAAGGGCCCGCCAGACAUCAGCCAGAAUCCAUUUCCCAGGUCAUGGGGCAACAGCAUUACAUGUCCUCCGGAGAACCUGAAUCGAUCUCCCAGGCACCCGCUGUGCAGCGCCGAUCAAUGCAACCAGUAUCCAUAUCCCAGGUUCUAAGCCAACCAUACAACACGUUGUCGGUGGAGCCUCAGUCAAUUUUGCCGGCACCCGUCGUAGGGCAUCAAAUGCCGCUGGCAGAAUCUGUACCAGUUGUAGGACAACUCCAAUACAUGUCGCAAUCGGCAGCUGUGCCUCAGUCAAUUUCGCAGGCACCUCAGUCAAUUUCGCACGCGCAGGCACCUCAGUCAAUUUUGCAGGCACCUCAGUCAAUUUCGCAGGCACCUCAGUUGAUUUCGCAGGCACCUCAGUCAAUUUCGCAGGCACCUCAUUCGAUUUCGCAUGCGCAGCCACCUCAGUCAAUUUCGCAGGCACCUGCCUCUCCUAGCACCUGGAUCCAUAACACUGGGAUGAGUUCGUUGACGUCUAAUCCCCAACCAAUCUCUGCCUCUCCUUCUGUUGGACACAAUCAGACAUCCGUGACGCCGGUUUCUCAUGAUGGACCUCAGGCUCCUGUACCGUCAUCAUCAACUUCAACGGCCAAUGUCCAAUCAUUAGAUCCUAUCCAUCCCACGUCAGUUGCUGUCUUAAGUAACGCACCCAACCAAACCCCUAUGGAGCCAUCUGAACCAGUGACCCUGCUCAAACAGGAGAUCGCCACCUUCAAGGAGGCCGGAGUCACUCAUACUUUUCGCUGGUUUCAAACUCUGUCGAGCACAAAGAUUAGCCAGCCCCUCCUUCCUGCACAACACCUUCCUGCUAAGCUUGGUGAUGUGUACUUCCACUCAACUACCCCUGAGCAAUCACUGUUGACGUCUCAGUGUUGGUUUUUCGGAAAUGGUGACAAAUGGCAUGACGUUACUGAGAUGUACGGGAAGUUUAUCACACCUGGUAUCUCACAUCCGACAUUCUUGGGGCGAAGAUUGAAUGCUACAGCCUCAGAUUCGACGCCGAAUUGGAUCAAGGAGCAGACCUGGGAAACUUAUAAGCGCGAGCAUGCGAAAAAGGAGAAAAAGAAACUGACAGGCUGA